AUGGCCGAGGUGUGCCAGGAGGCGUGGCCCUUGCAUACGGCGCUGCAGACUUGGCUGGAUGCUCUGCCUGUGCCAGAAGUGGCCAUGCCUCCUCUUUUGCCUGGCACACGACUUCAAGCGCUGAGACUCCAGCAGCAGCUUGCUGCAUCGCCUGGCCUUUGCUCUCAAGAUCCAGGCACCAGAGCAGCUGUCCACCUUCUUGCAAGUGGACUGUUCAAUGAAAAAGAGAGCCCGCCGUGGAACAGCACAGGCUGGAGGAAUGAGUACGGAAAGCUGCGAAGACUGAUGGAGAAGGCAUUCAAGACCGUGUCUUGGGGGAGACUUGUCUUUACAGGUUGGCCUCUGCUGGCGCUUCUUCAUCGACUUCAAGAGGCCUUCGUCCGUGAGGCGCUUUGCAGCCGCGUCGACAGGUAUGCCUACGCAAUUCCGAGCCGAACAGAUCCACAGUCGGUGUGGGUGUGUGUACGCCGUGCAAGUGAUGUCGUCUAUGAGAGGUGGCGAAUGCAAGGCUUCUUCCCAGAUUGCUUCAUGAUAGUUCAAACGGUCCGGGAUCUUCUGCCAGUGGGCUGCCCAGUGCUGGACAUAGGUGCAAACCUUGGUGGCUGCGCGCUGAUGCUCGCCAAGGACGGGCACCCCGUCCUGGCGGUGGAGCCGGUUCCUGUCCUGGCUGACUUGCUGCGGGCAUCGGUUGAAAGAAAUGGUUUGAAAAACGUGGAAGUUGUAGACACAGCUGUGGGGCGAAGCUCCGGCAGCGGCUCUCUGCAGUGCACUCAUGGGCACAGCGCCACUUGUCGUGUCCUCCCGCUGGUCGGUGUUGCGACCGCCGCUGCCGCCAAUGUGACAACUGAAUCACUGGAUUCUAUUCUCCAUGCACGGGGAUGGUCACAGCCCUGCGCCCUAAAAAUCGACGUCGAAGGCUCCGAGUUGGAAGUCGUGCAAGGUGCAGCCGGGACUUUGUCUCGCUGGCCGCAUAUCUUCCUAGAAUUGCACCCCUAUGAGCUGCGAGACCGUGGAAGCUCCAGCUGCAAGGCUGCAAACCAGUUCAGCGGAUUGCAGAACCAUGUGGAUGAGAGCCGAAUGAGAACGUCCGUACGCUUCGGAGUGCUGGACAUCCGACUGGCUGAAACUAAGGCGCGGACACAUUUGAUUUGCUCCUCCGCAUGGGCUACAACACGUUCGAAAGCAGAGACCUGA